CUUGGAGAAAAUCAGGAUUUGGUCGUUUUGAGUUCACACGAGAAUAUCGAGGAAAUCUUCUCUGUUUAAUUCAGAAACGUUUGAAAGGACUAAAUGGAAGAGCAAAAUACAAGUGAAGAUCAAUCCCUGGAUUCCAUUGAAGCGUUGAGUGGCAUAUUGAGCGUGGUUAAUGCUUUAUGCAGAGGAAAAACAGAAAAUAAUGACAACGAGAAUAAUGAUGAUGGUUCUAGUUGUAAUGAUGGUGGUGAUGAUAAUGAUGACGAUGAUGACGAUGCUUUAGGAGAAAUUGGUGAGGGAAAAAACUGUUUCCUUGAAUCUGAAGGGCAACGUGUCACGCACUUCACUUCUGAUGAAAUCAAAGACAAUAACAUGUCGUCACGGUGCGACUCUUUAGUGGACUCUGACAAACAAACACAGCCACUAAAACGACCAGCUGAAACUCAAAAUCCAUCACAAAUUCAUGCAAAGAGAAACUAUACAAUCGAUGUUCCUACUUACUUACUAGAUGAAACGAGAAUUAUUACCUUCCCCGAUGUAUACGCAGCAGUCAGAAAAGCUUGCGGAAAUUGUUCGUCCUUGAGGGGUAAGAUCAACAAGCUAGGUAUAGUCGCCAAGCGGUUUCACCCAUGGGAGAUGACACGCCUCAAGCACGUCGGAGCCAUUGGCCUUGAUGUGAAGUGUUGCUCGUACAUUAAUUCCGAGGAAUUCAUUCAAAUUAUCCAGAACUAUAAAGAUGUGGAGUCUCUGUCCCCAGAAAUGUUCAAUUUUCUAUCCGCAGUCAACCUUACUUGCGUAGCUACCAACAAGUCCUUAGACGAGAAAGUUGUCAAGGUUGAGUCAGUUUUGGACAGCAAAUCGUCGAGAUUGACGUCUAGUCCCCUGCACACUUUCAUUGUGGAUGAUGAAGUCGUUGUCUGUACGGUAGAGCUGCAGCAAGUAUUUGAGGCUUUGUUUGGAAAAGUUUUUUGUGUGUCGCUAACCAAACUUGGUGUCUUUCAGAAAAAAUUCAACCCAUGCCAGCUAGAUGAGGUGAUGGAUUUUGUCGAUAUUGACGAGUCUAGCGUUUCGUCAGCGUCUUUCUAUGUGUCAAAGAAAGAUGGGGAAAGAGUAUUUCGAUACGCUGAAGCACUUUUCAAUGUGGAGCAAGUUACAGUGAGAUGGAUGGAGCCUCUGAAGCUCACAGAUAGUGCGUCGCUGACAGAUAAUGAGUCUUCCGACUCGAACUUUCAACGGUUCAACACAGGGAGCGUAGCUCCAUUAGAAAGGGCUGCAUCAUCGAUACCUGUGUUUGCUAGAAAUACAAGUAAUGUUCACUGUGUCCCUGAGAUCAGUGAUCGUACAAAAACAGAGACUGAGACAGACGAAGGAACUGUUUAUUGUCUUCCAAACAUAUUGUAUUCUAGUUCUGAUGAUUCGCCAGAUGCCAGUCCUCAAAGUAAUUCGCUUCCACGGGAAGUAAUGAGCGACUUGUGUGAAGUUGGCGAGCCAUCCAAGAAGAUUUCCCCCAAAAACAAUACUGAGGAUAUAACAGCGUUGGCAAAGUUCCAAGCUGAAGACAGCCCUUCGAGCUCAUUUAGCGAUGAAAAUGUUCGAACUGAUACUACUCGAGAUGUGAACGAAAAAACAAAGUUUCUAAACAUGGCAGGUCAAAACCAAGUGCUAGAGCCUUGCGUGAACCCAUCGAGCACAAAGAUUCUGAAUCAAUCAGCUUCAUCGUCUGGUUUGUACCACUCGAAUGAGGAAUACCCAUCCUCACCUGACAGUGAAACAUCAAGCAUCUCCGAACUUGACUCCUGUUCUUCUAUUCGUACGUACCAGAUCGAUGGCAAUGAAGUGGUCUGUAUACCAGACAUUCACAAGAUUGUUAUUCACUUGUAUGGACAGAGCGUUCAGGUUGGAUACUACCUACAAAGACUACAAAUCCCAACCCAACGAUUUUCCACGGACCAUGUCAAGAGGCUUAAGGCCUUGAAUGCUUUAAACUCAAAGGCGACACUUUGUACAUACAUUUUAAAAUCAGACGCCCAACGCUUGCUCAAGAUGUACGAUGUCUUCUGCACAGAGAGCAAGAUACAGCAGAUUCAAUGGAGCAACCCUGUUUCCCUGGAAGCCUUCGAGGGCGCUAUUCCAUACAGAGAAGAAGCACCAAUCUUACCCACAGAGAGCCUGAAGUCCAAAUCAGCAGAUCCUAUUGGUGUCCUGAAGAUUCCAACUUUCAAGAUAGAUGGCGAAGUUGUCGUGUCUGUUCCAGAUGCACACAAGGUUGUACAGGUACUGAACGGCCAAAGUGUGCAAGUAAGAUACAACAUGGAUAAAUUAGGGAUAGUCAAAAGAAAGUAUUCCUAUUCGCAGGUGUAUCAAUUGCGCGCUAUAAGUGACUUAAAGCGGCCCAGUAUGUGCACGUUUAUUACAAAGGCAGACGCGGAUAAACUACUUGCUCACUACCUGACAGCCGAAAACGUGUCGAGGUUGAAUUAUAUUCAUUGGUUACCGCCUGUACAACUAGAGGAGCUUAAUGGUACUCGCUCUGAUGGCGUUUCAACCGUCCAGGAUGUUGGUAAUACUGGCAGAAGACUUCCAGUAAUGAUCAAUUCAACAGAGACAGUAGUCUCGGAUGGUCAAAGUGCGGAGUCAAAUCUUGAACAGAAAUCUUUUAACUACAAACGGACAAGUGAUGUUUCCAAAGAUAUGGAAACUUUCCUGAAAGAACAAAGGGCUAGCCAGUUUUCCGCUUUACCGUUGACGUCUAAGAACAAUGAAUCAACUUUUACGCCAAGCUCUGUUGCUCAGAAUAACAAGACUGCUGUGCAUCUUUCUUCUGAAUAUCACCAUCAAAACUACACGAAGCAAGGAUUAGAAGUAGUAACUCUAGAUUCAAGAAUGGACGAAAACCCUUCAUCGACAAGUCCAGCCAUGCCAGAUACAUGUAUUCAAGGUACAACAAGGGACCACUCCAGUUCGGGUCCUCUUGAGACUGCCACGGAUAGCCCUAGGUAUGGUCCCUUAUUAUCAGGAGCAGACGUAAGGGAUUCUAGAAAUACAUAUGAUCAGCCUGCAGGUUCAGCUUACUCCACUUGUAACAAAACGUGCGCAAUAUCCACCGUGACCGUGACGAAGCCAUGUUCUCAGAACACAAGUGAUAUCACUGAUGACUAUAGACGCCUUGUUUCUACACACAGUAACCCGGGAGAAAAGCGGCUUCAAGAAGAAUGCAAAGAUAAGGACAGUUCAGGCCUGGAAAUAAAACGAUUGAAAGCUGAGAAAGAUGACAUCGCAGCGACUUUAGAACGAAAAGAGACCGAAAUGAAGAUUUUACAUGACGCUUACCAACAGCAAGUUGCUUGUGAACGGGAAAACCGAAUAAAAGUCGAAAAAGAAGCAGCCGAAUUGAGAGCAUCGAACGAAGAACUGAAAAAAAAUCUUCAACGGAAAGAAUCUGAAAUGAAGAUCUUACACGAUUCGUACCAGUAUCAAAUACGAAAAGAAAGACAAAGAAGAGAAGAAUUGGAAAACGAACUAACGGACCUCAGAGGAUCUGUUGCCUUCGCUAGUGGAGUAGCUGUUAGUGAUUCUCACAUUAAACAGGAAAAAUUCUAGGAAACACAUUAAGGGAAGGCCUUUUUGGUAUUCUCAACUUGAGUCGCCCUUAGUGAACAACAAAAACCAUCUUUUGGUAUUUCUAUAGCUAGAGCACAGUUGAUAACACUCGCCAGAGCAGCAAGCCCAACCAAAGUGAAUAAAAUACUUCCU